UAACUCGACUCUUUCCAAUUCACUCGCAUCAGCCUAUCUCAACAUCAGGCGUGAUCUCUUGUUUGCACGUAGAAUACAGAUGACUUGCUGUACAUCGUCUCUGGCAACUCAUCGGCAUCAUGAUGGAAAUCGACCAAGAUGCAGACGCGAAACGAGAAGAGGAGAUGAUGUAUGGCCAUGGCGCCAUGACAAAGGAGGAGCUCAACGAGAAGUAUCCCAAUCGACCUCAUAAUCACUCGAAGACACUGCCUUUCCACGACUUGUAUCUUGACCUCUUCAAUCCAUUAAACGAUAACAAGAAGAAGCCGACCGGCGCAGCGAUUGCUCGCAAGAAACUGGGACCUCACGGCGGACCUAGUCAGGCCCCGAACGAGAUUCGGCGACAAAUCAUAGAUCGAUUCAUUGGUCGCUGGCGCAAAGAAGUCGGCAAUGAUAUUUACCCAGCUUUCCGACUCAUUGUGCCAGAAAAGGAUCGUGAUCGGGGAAUGUAUGGACUGAAGGAGUUGACUUUGGGGAAGAUGCUAAUCAGAAUCCUCAAAAUUGACAAGAACAGCGACGACGGGUACAAUUUGACACAUUGGAAGCUUCCUGGACUCAAAUCGACAAGCGCCACUGCUGGUGACUUUGCAGGACGAUGUUUUGACGCGAUCAGCAAGCGACCGAUGCGCUCGGAGCCAGGCGAUAUGUCUAUUGCUGAAGUGAACGAGCGACUGGAUCGAUUAUCAGUGGCGCAAAAGGAAGAAAAUCAGCGACCCAUUCUGGAAGAGUUCUACAGCAGGAUGAAUGCCGAAGAGAUGAUGUGGCUCAUCCGGAUCAUCUUGCGUCAAAUGAAGGUCGGAGCUACCGAAAAGACCUUCUUUGAUCUUUGGCAUCCUGAUGCUGAGAGCUUGUUCAACAUCUCGAGUAGUCUACGGCGAGUGUGCUGGGAGCUCUACGACAAGAACGUCAGACUUGAGGGCGACAAUCGAGGCAUCACCCUCAUGCAGUGUUUCCAGCCUCAAUUAGCCGCCUUCCAGAUGAAGUCCAUGGAGCAGAUGGUGGCGAGGAUGAACCCGACUGAACAAGACCCAGUGUUUUUGAUCGAAGAGAAGCUUGACGGAGAGCGCAUGCAGCUGCAUAUGAUAGAGGAUGACAGUCAACGGGGAGGCGUACGUUUCGGCUUUUGGUCACGAAAAGCCAAGGACUACACGUAUCUAUACGGCAAUGGGUUUCACGAUGACAAUGCAGCUUUGACAAGACACAUCGAGGAUGCCUUCAGACCAGGUGUGCGCAAUAUCAUUCUCGACGGCGAGAUGAUCACUUGGAACAUGAAGGAAGACUGUGUCGUUGGCUUUGGCACUCUCAAGACAGCGGCGAUCGAGCAGCAGCAGAACCCUUUCGCUGACGGAAACCGGCCCCUGUUCAGAGUGUUCGACUGCCUGUACCUCAACGAUGAACCGCUGACACAAUAUACGCUCAGAGAUCGCCGAAGAGCGCUAGAAGGCGCCAUUCAACCUGUGCAUCGACGGCUGGAGAUUCACACCUAUAUUGAAGGCAAAACAGCUACAGACAUCGAGCCCGCGUUGCGUCUAGUCUUGGAGGAAGGCAGCGAAGGUCUUGUGAUCAAGAAUCCGCGUUCGGAAUACAGGCUCAACGAUCGAAAUGAUGACUGGAUAAAGGUCAAGCCAGAGUACAUGACAGAGUUCGGCGAAUCGCUAGAUUGCAUCGUAGUGGGCGGCUACUUCGGAUCUGGCAAGAGAGGCGGUUUCCUGAGCAGCUUUCUCUGCGGCUUGUACCUCCCAGAAUAUCACCGCAAGCAUAUCGAGCCCAAUGCGCAUCCACAGAAGACGUGGUCCUUCUUCAAAGUUGGCGGAGGUUUCAGUGCUUCAGAUUAUGCUCAGAUUAGACACUUGACUGAUGGCAAGUGGAAGGACUGGGAUCGCAAGAAGCCGCCUACUGAAUGGAUCGAGCUCGCUGGCGGUGAUCGACAGUAUGAAAAACCUGACAUGUGGAUCAAGCCCGAGGACUCUGUGGUUGUCUCUGUCAAAGCUGCACAGGUAGGUGGCACAGAUCAAUUCAGGACACAGCGAACUCUUCGUUUUCCGCGCUUCAAAAGGCUUCGGACGGACAAGAGCUGGGAUCAAGCGCUGUCUUGGGACGAGUUCGAUGCACUAAAGGCCAAGGCGGACGAAGAGCAGGCGGAGAAGAAACUGAAGAUAGACGAGACGAAGCGGCAACGUACAUCCAAACGACAGAAACGGGCGCUAGUGAUUCAAGGACAAGUGGACAGCCUUGCCAAACCUUAUGCAGGACCAGCAACAAGAGUCUUUGAAGGGCUGAGCUUUUUCAUCAUGACUGAAGCUGGGAAACCGCUGAAGAAGAGUAAGGCUGAGCUCGAACAGCUUGUCAAGGCCAACGGCGGCAAGAUUGUCGCAUCUCAGAAGGAUCCGGACACAAUCCUCAUCGCGGACCGCAACGUGGUAAAAGUUGCCUCGAUAAAGAAGAAUGAUGAUCGCAAUAUUAUCAAACCAUGCUGGUUGCUCGAUUGCAUCAAGCAGAGCGAGCUGGACGUUGGACGUCCGAACUUGUUGCUUCCACUUGAACCUCAACACCUGGAAUACACACACACAGCAGAUCGAGGCAAGUAUGACGGUAACAUUGACGAGUUUGGCGACAGCUAUGUCAGAGAUGUGACGCCGCAAGACUUGCUUUCGCUGUUUAAAAACAUGCCUGCCAAGAUCGAAGAUGGCUUUGAGCCUUCGGAGGUUUUGGAGCAAUUCAUUGAGCAUGGCCACGGACUCGACGAGAUGGAAGCUCUCAUGUUCUCUGGCAUCACGGCUUUCUUUGAAAGCCCAGAGCCGUUCACGAAACGCUUGUUCGAAUUCGCAGGUGGUAGCGUUGCAGAUUCGCUGCAAAGCAACGAAGUCACCCAUGUGAUCGUCAAAGGGGGUAGCAAAGCUGUACCUGGAAUCCGGAAAGACAUUGCCGCCAGGCCUCGGUUGCCCAGGAUUGUUGUGGAUGAUUGGGUCUUGGAAAGCUGGGCAGAGGAGACGAGACUUGAUGAAGAAGGUAUGUCUGUCACGAUCCAAGACUUUUGGUACUGUACAGAAUGCUGA